GUUGAAUUCGGUGUUCUGAAAGCUAAGCAACAGCAGAAGCAGCAGCAGUAAUUGUGGUGUGUUCUGCCAUCUGACAAGCUGAUUGGACAGAUUGUUUGGUGAUAUCGAUUGAUCCCGAGUGUCGAAUGUGGUUUCUGGUGGUUUUGGGGGAAACUAAGUGAUUUUGUUGGACUUUUGCAGAUUUGUAUCCUGUUCGGUUGGAGGAAUUUUAAGAGUGUACUUAGUGUUCUGAAUCUGAUUUGAAAACAACAAGAACAAUCAAAAUGAUGAAGUUUCUGGGUCUCUCACUCUGCCUGGCGCUGACCAUCGUCGACCAAACGCUAGCACAGAACAACCAAUACCUACCUCCGGACAAGGGUUACGACUACGAUAAGCCAAACAAGCCCUUCCCAACUGCCCAACAGCCACAGCAAGUGCCAUUCCCGCGGCCUCCGGCCCCAGCCCCAUCCUAUGGACCUCCACCAGCGGCCGGUGGUGACCACGUUCACGAACCGGGAAUGCCGUUCGAUUUCAACUACAAUGUGAACGACAUCGACACCGGAAACGACUACUCGCACAACGCGGUCAGCGAUGGGGAUGUGACCCGCGGUGAAUACCGAGUGCAACUGCCCGACGGACGGACCCAGAUCGUGCGCUACACCGCAGACUGGAAGAAUGGAUACAACGCGGAGGUGACGUACGAAGGUGAAGCCAAAUACCCAGAAGGCCCAGGUCAGGGUGGAGCCAACUCCGGUGGAUACAAGUACUAAACCCACCAACCCUUCCUCCAAACCCCAUCGACCCAAGUGAUAUUGAAAACCUCUUACCACACAUGUGUGAUUAGCCGAGAACCUUCAUGACAAAGCUCCGUUUCCCUGCCAUGUUUCAAUGCUGAAUACGUGUGCCAAGAAAAACGGACCAACUCAACUCACGACGAUGCAUCGAGCGAGCGCGCGCGAAUCAUGUUCUUCCAUUAAGUUCUUCAUAGAAAACCAUGUUACAAGUCACCGUAAUACCCCGGCUCUACCAAGAGCCGCUUAAUUAUUGCCGAAGUAGGAAAACAUCAACGAAACAGCCGCGCAAAGUUUCGUUGCCCAAUUAAUCAUCAUCACCAACCGACGACGACGAUCGCACGGAAUACCCUCCUCACAGAUGCCAGUAUAACGACCGACAACGACAGUAUUUCCAUCGCAAAUGUUCGCGAAAUUAAUGGCCAGGAAAAUUAGCGAGAUAAGCCCCAGGUUGGGGUACCCUUUCGGACCAGCAUCAGCACUCAGCAGCGCCAUCUCGAGAGAUCCAACGAACACAUUUGCGCACCUUUAUUUAUAAUUGUAACCUCUUGUACAUGUUUCUUGGAAUAGUCAUAAAUUAAGUGGACCAAUGCAAAUGGCCCAGUAGUUUGUUUUGCCUAUUCAGUUUCCACCCCCACGCCCGCAACACAAGUGAUACCUAGACAUUCCCUCAGAGCACACAAUUGCCCAUCUAGCGACAUUGCGACAAUGAUUACGGUCCAUGUCAUCCCCAACGACCCUCUAAUGAACGCUCCGUUAGUAAUAGUAAUCAUGUUUGAGCAAAUAGUAAGACCAGAAGAAGACGAAGACUCACACAGUCUCAUAGGAGGCGAUGAGCAACCACGAGUAUAGUUUGUCACAUCCAGUGUAAUUAAUUGAACGAUUAUUGCCCGUCUCUAUGCAGAACACAAUUUGCCGGCUUUCAGAAAGAUCGCAAGCCGAGAAAAAUCUACACUGGUGAAUCUCAAUAAAUAGUAUUCGAAACCGCUGAGUGAACCACCAGUAGUAGUAAGACUUCUACACUAGAGAGGAUGCAAUAUGACUCUUUUUUACGACCUUAGAAGACGUUUCGUUCAAUGAAGCUUAAUAAUAUGUAGACGGCGAUCAGAAGGAAGCGAGGGACGAAAUGUCAAGAUGACUUUUGUAGGACUUUUAAAAUUUUACGGAGCAAAUCACGGGUUUUGAGCGACGAACUUAGACUUUGGAACUGCCAGUUAAUUAUAUGUAUAAAACUGUACAGUAUUCGGCAGGAAAAAAUGCGAAAGUGUUUUUCAACUCAAACCUCAUUUUCGUCCAUUUGACAUUAACCAAUCUAUGUUUCAACGUUCCAUGAUCUAUAAUAGGCUAGUUUUCUGGAAAGUUAAUUAAAAAAUUUCCCAUUUUGGUCACUAACCUUUACAGGGCGGCGCCUGAAGAUGAAGACAACCAGAAUUUUCAAACCGCAGAAAAUCGCACAGGUCGCUAAAUUUCGCAUCUGAUAAAACAAAAUUUUUGAUUUUCUCUACAAUAUCAUCAAAUAUAUGUACUUAUUUCAUCUGCUAUGUAAAACUACAUGGCUCUGGAUCAGUGUGGUCUGGUUGUUCAUCGAAUUUGAGCUAAUUUUGUUACUGUUAUAGUCAUUUUGUUUAAUGACCAUUGGGCGCGCAGUUUAUUGAUAUCCGCUAAUUAGGCCUACAUUAUCACAUGUUAAACAUCAAAUAUGUUCAUUUUUAUUUUUCAGUGCUAGAAUAUAGACAUUGACUGAUACACUGUCAUGAAUAAAUACACAUAUAUAUCCUAUAUUUAGCGUGUAAUAGUGCCUUGAACUUUUCGCAUUUUUUCCUGCCGCACCCUGUAAGCUACGCAAAAUAAUGAAGAAAAUCGAUAAAAAUAAAAACAUUGUAAAAUA